AUCUUGUGGAAUGAAGAACAAACCGCUAGCUUACCAGGUUCUAGUAUGACAAGAACAUGAAGUAUUCUUAUCAGUUGAUACCAAUACAAAAUCACGCAUUACGGACUAACAAUGGAGCAUAUUCUAUGUUUGUAUCUUCUGUUUGUCAUUGGAGGGGGCGCUGUACUUCCGGAGGUACGAGGGGACGCGCCCCCAUGCGAAGACCUCAACACGGCCGCCUGCGCGCUCUUCCUGUCCAGCAAACCAAACUUGUGCCAGGACAAGGCGUUAGCGGCGAACUGCCAGAGGUUCUGUGGACUGUGUCCACUGGUCUGCUAUGAUUGCCCUGAUGCCGUCAACGUUACUCAUAGCUGCAAUGCGACCUCAGCUUGUGGCCAAGAUCAGUUGUGCAUGAAGAAGGAACAUUCUUACCCCGACGGGACCAAGGAAUUUAUACUCUCCUGUGAAAGCAAGGCGGUGUGCGAAGGUCUCAAUAUCGGGUUUCAUAAUAUAAUCGGCAAGCGCUCCCCUGUAAAUUCCGCCGCCCGUCGCGAUGUCAAUUUCCACUGUUGUGAUUCGGACCUCUGCAAUCUGCCGACGGAAUUCACGACAACUGUCCCGACAACGACGCAUCCGACAACGAACUCAUUGCCGACAAGUUCCCCGCCGUUACUUCACAACUGUUCUCGCGAUAUCGUGUUCAUUCUGGAUGGAUCAACCAGCAUCGGCGCGCAGAACCACUACUACAUGGGCCAAUUUGUGCGCAACGUUAUCAACAGUUUGACGAUAGGCCCGGUCGAUUCCCUGGUGGCAGUGGUGGAAUACAGCGACUCCGCGAGAGUAGAAUGGUAUCUGAAUGACCACACAUCAAAACCAGACUUGCUCGCGGCCGCUCAGAACAUCCCGUACGUCACCGGAAAUACGGCCACGCACGCCGCGUUCUGGCUCGCGCGAAACUCCGUCCUUACAGCCGACCACGGCGACAGACCGUCAGUACCGGAUGUGGCGAUACUUAUCACCGACGGCGGGACCACGGACAACGGUCUGGCGGCGGUCGAGGCGCAGCAGCUUCGCGCUCAAGGGGCGAAAGUGAUCGUUAUAGGGGUUGGCGCUGGUUUGGCGGAUAAGGAACUUGAUCAGUAUAAAGCGAGCGUGGCACUUCGCGUUAACGCCUUUCAGACGCUCCAGUAUGCGGUGAACUCACUUGUAUCGCAGUUAUGUUGAACGAUUCGCUGGGAUUGAAUUUUUGAGUAAUAAUUGAGUCACGUUCUGGGAAAACCGGGUUUAAUACAUGUGCGUAGUGUCGUACAGGUUUAUCAGGGCGACACACUUCACAUGCUUUUUUAUUAUAAAGGGACUAAAUUUAAGAGAAACAUACCUCUAAAAGCUUGAAGUGUUGUCCCUGAUUAGCCUUUGCGGAAUGCACAGGCUUAUCAGAGACGACACUUUACAAACAUGCAUUAAGCCACGUUUUCCCAAAGCGCUGCUCAAUUUUAAAAGAAGCCUGCUUUAUAAUUCUGAAUUUUGGAUUUUCCUCCCCAUAUUAAAAACAUGAAAAUUACAAAUUAUAAAGAACAUGUUUAAUUAA